AUCCGCUUCCCUCAUAUACACGCAGAGAGAGCUCAGACAACGAAAACCAGCUUCAUUUCCGCAGAGUAAAAAAAGAAAAGCAAGAAAAGCAAAAGAAAACUCCCAGAAAACCAAAACCCCUUCUUCUUCUUCUUGUUCUUCUCUCUCUCCUUCCUUUCGCCUUGAAAGGAAUUUCUAGGGUUUUCAGAGAUGGACGCUGCUUCGGCAGCUGAGCUUUCCGACACGAUCAUGGACGAGGCGGAGCAGCAGCCCCAGCCGCCGCCUACGUCGUCUUCCAUGCCGGCGCCGAACGGGAUGGAAAAUAUUCCGGCGGUUCCCAGCCACGGCGGCCGAUUCGUUCAGUACAACAUCUUCGGCAACAUCUUCGAGGUCACUGCCAAAUACAAGCCUCCGAUCAUGCCCAUCGGAAAGGGCGCCUACGGAAUCGUCUGUUCGGCUUUGAAUUCGGAGACGGGCGAGCAAGUAGCAGUCAAGAAGAUCGCGAACGCCUUUGACAACAAGAUCGAUGCCAAACGGACGCUGCGGGAGAUAAAGCUUGUUCGACAUAUGGAUCAUGAAAAUGUCGUGGCUAUCAGAGAUAUAAUACCACCUCCUCGUAGGGAAACAUUUAAUGAUGUGUACAUUGCUUAUGAGCUCAUGGACACUGAUCUUCAUCAAAUUAUUCGUUCCAAUCAAGCUUUAUCAGAGGAGCACUGUCAGUAUUUCCUGUAUCAGAUCCUCCGUGGACUGAAAUACAUACAUUCUGCAAACGUUCUUCACAGGGACUUAAAGCCAAGCAAUCUUCUCUUGAAUGCCAAUUGUGAUUUGAAGAUCUGUGAUUUUGGACUUGCUCGUAUCACCUCUGAAAGUGAUUUCAUGACGGAAUAUGUUGUUACAAGAUGGUAUCGGGCACCAGAGCUGUUGUUAAACUCUGCAGAGUAUACUGCAGCAAUUGAUGUGUGGUCUGUAGGUUGCAUUUUCAUGGAAUUGAUGGAGCGGAAGCCUCUAUUUCCAGGGAAAGACCAUGUGCACCAACUUCGCUUGUUAAUGGAGCUGAUUGGCACACCAACUGAGGCUGAUUUGGGGUAUGUGAAUGAAAAUGCAAGAAGAUACAUACGGCAACUUCAGCGUCACCCUCGGCAGUCAUUUACUGAGAAGUUUCCAAACGUUCACCCUGAAGCUAUUGAUCUAGUUGAGAAAAUGUUGACAUUUGAUCCCCGUCGGAGAAUCACUGUUGAGGAUGCACUGGCACAUCCAUACCUGACAUCACUGCAUGAUAUCAGCGAUGAGCCAAUCUGCUCGAUGCCCUUCAUCUUCGACUUUGAGCAGCAUGCAUUGACAGAGGAGCAGAUGAAGGACCUGAUAUACCGAGAGGCCAUGGCAUUCAACCCUGAGUAUAUGCAGCAGUAAGAAUUUCACAUCUCCUCCGUUGCCGCAUUUUAAUCGUUGUAUCCUUGUGUGGUGUAUGUUGUGAUAAUUAAAUUUGUCAGUGUAAAUAUGAUUCGGUGAGAAAUGUGGUCGGGUAAUUGUAUGAUUUGAAUGCACGAGGCCUUCUGGGGAUUCUGCAUAUUUGGUGGUUAGAUUUGUAUGGAUGUUUGUUUUCGGACGCUGAUGAUUCAAAUCAUUCAGUAAGAUGUUCCCAAUGCAUGAGAACUUGCUUCUUUGUUCUGAC